CGGGGCGUAGCACGGCCCGUCUCUUUGCGGACUAAGAUGGCGGUGGCGGCGGCGGCCGCCCUGCGGAGCGGCUACCGGGCUGCGGGGCGCCUGAUCUGUGUUUGCCAUACUAGAUCGUAUAGCAGUGUUUGCUUUCUGAAGUCAAAAUACGUGUACGCAUUUGACAAAUCUGCCUUUAAGUUUAAUCAUCAACACAGAUUGUUCAGAACAUCUGCUAUUUCAAAGGGCCAAAUUGUCCAAUUUAAGCUUUCUGAUAUUGGAGAAGGGAUUACAGAGGUAACUGUGAAAGAAUGGUAUGUAAAAGAAGGUGAUAGCGUAUCUCAGUUUGAUAGCAUCUGUGAAGUACAAAGUGACAAAGCUUCAGUUACUAUCACCAGUCGUUAUGAUGGAAUUAUUAGAAAACUCUAUUAUAAUCUAGAUGAAAUUGCUUAUGUUGGAAAACCAUUAGUGGACAUAGAAACUGAUGUCUUAAAAGAUGUAGCGCCAGAAGAGGAUGUUGUUGAAACACCUGCUGUAUCUCAUGAAGAACACACACAUCAAGAAAUAAAGGGACAUAAAACCCUAGCAACCCCUGCAGUUCGCCGUCUUGCCAUGGAAAAUAAUAUUAAACUGAGUGAAGUUGUUGGAACAGGGAAAGAUAACCGAAUCCUUAAAGAAGACAUUCUCAAUUAUUUGGCCAAGCAGACAGGAGCUAUUUUACCUCCAUCGCCAAAAUCUGAGAUUAUCCCACCAUUACCAAAAUUAGAGACUGCACCAGCUGCUCCAAAGGAUAAAGCACAUAGAAUUCCUGUACCUAUUUCAAAACCCACUGUGUUUACAGGAAAAGAUAAAACUGAGCCCAUAACAGGAUUUCACAAGGCGAUGGUGAAGACCAUGAGUGCUGCUUUGAAGAUUCCUCACUUUGGUUAUUGUGAUGAGAUUGAGUUGAAUCAACUUGUGCAGUUGAGAGAAGAGUUGAAACCUCUAGCGCAAGCUCGUGGAGUUAAACUCUCCUUUAUGCCUUUCUUCUUAAAGGCAGCUUCUCUGGCCUUAUUGCAUUAUCCUGUUCUUAACACUUCUGUGGAUGAAAACUGUCAAAAUAUCACGUACAAGGCUUCUCACAAUAUUGGAAUUGCUAUGGAUACAGAACAAGGCUUGAUUGUUCCUAAUGUGAAAAGUGUGCAGGUCCGUAGUGUGUUUGAGAUUGCCUCUGAAUUAAAUCGCCUACAGUCCUUGGGUUCUUCAGGCCAACUGGGAACAAAUGACCUCACUGGGGGAACAUUCACUCUCUCAAAUAUUGGCACAAUUGGCGGUACUUAUGCUAAACCAGUGAUACUACCUCCUGAAGUCGCUAUUGGAGCUCUUGGGAAGAUACAGGCCCUGCCUCGAUUUAAUGGGAAAGGUGAAGUAUUUAAAGCACAGAUAAUGAACGUGAGCUGGUCGGCUGAUCAUCGUAUUAUUGAUGGAGCUACAAUGGCCCGUUUUUCUAAUUUAUGGAAAUCCUAUUUGGAGAACCCUGCUUCCAUGCUGCUAGAUCUUAAAUAAAGAAAACUAAUGACAUAAUGUGUCUUUAAACUUUGGGGAUUGAAAUGAACAUUAUCAGAGCUAGCUAUGCUAGCAUAUGUCCUUUGCUACUUCUCAUACUGUGUGAUUAUGUUACAUGGUUGAAAGGUUUCAAACACCUAUGUCAAUCUAUCAGUAACCUGUUACAUACUUUUUAAUCUAAUUGAGUAGUGCUGCAAGUUACUCUACAUCAGACUGUCAAACUGAAUAGGUCUUGGUGUGCCUUUUAAAUAUGGUGGUGGGAAGUUAUGAAUGUCAACUCUGAUUCUAUGUGCUGACUUGUGCUGAACUGACAUUAUCAACUGACAAUUUUCUAUACAUCUGCAGUACUUUUAAACUGCAUAGAAAGGAAAUAGUUACAAUUAUUCCUGGGUAGAUAUGAGUUUAUUUUAACAAAGUGAAUGGAGUAUCACCAAGUUCCUAAAAGAAAUUAUGCAAAAAUUAAUAUGCAAAUAAAAUGCCUUUAUGCUCCCAUUUAGAUGUCCAAUAAACUUUUUUUAAUGGUGCUAGCUUUUCCUUUCUUCAUCUUUCUUUAACUGUCUUGUACUUGGGGGGUUCUUAGCUCAGGUACUCUAUAUCCAGUGGCAAGGGACUUGUCAACAUCCUUAAUGAUUGGCUUAGUGCACAGUCUGAAAAUAUUUACUGGCGUCCAACUGCUCUCUUUAGAACUUUUUUUCUUUUUUUUUUCUUUUUAUAGCACACUCCUAUGGGUUGAAAGUAUUUACAGUUGCUUAAAUACUCCUCUUACUAGAAAUUUUUCUUUUGAGAAGCCACUGCCUAUGAAAGGCUGUCAUGAUUAAGUAUCCUAUUAGUUAGGUUAUGGUAGUAAUCAUAAACAAUGUGACAAGUGUACACUAAAAGGCUGUCAUGACUUUGCCAAUAACUGUUUGUGGUUAGGUACCAUGGUGUGAGAGACUGAUGUGAUAUGGAAGCAGAAUUAAUGUUAAUAGAACACUCUGGCUUAAAUUAAUCAUCUCUAAAUUCAGAUAUAAAUAAUACAGUAGAUAAGGUUCACUUCCAGAACAGAGAGCAAACAAAAAGGCUGUUGAAGAUGGGAAGCACUUAUUGGGAAAUGAGGUACAAAGGCAACUGUUCUGCAUACAGACUUUUCAGAGAACUUGAAGUUGCCAGAAUAAUGCAGGAAAAAGUCAUGCAAACAACAGUAUUAAUUUGAGGGACAAAAAUGGAGAUUUUAUAAGAGAUUCAUCUCUUUUCUGGAGGAUAAAUAGUGGCUAAAUAUCCUUGCAGCUGAGGUCCCAAAUUGGUAGACCAAAGUUACCUGUAAGCAAGGGAUCCUAAGAAGCAAGGGAGUAUGGUGCAAGGUGCAUGAAACCAGAGGCAGAAUCUCUGGUGUACUAGCAUAACUAGGACAGGAUGAUGAGGAUGGGGAGUGGAAGGGAGAAUGGAAAAAAACCACUGCUGCCACAACCUCACAAUUUUGCUGGUGGCACAGUGGCAUCAGAAGUUACCAAUGCACCCAUGUAUUGCGGCUGCCCUGGGUACCCCACUACAUUGUUAUGCUUCUGCUCUGGUGUCUGAUUGCCAAGAGUCAUCAGAGUGAAAUUAAGUGGUGAAGAAAGGAUAUAAAUUCAAGAAUUGUAAACUACUACUCAUUUUAUGUAGGUUAGCUUAAGCAUAUUUUGUCUUAAAAUCUGUAAAUUAUCUAUUCUGAUUUUUCUGUUCUUAAUAAAAUUUGUCUAAAACCACAAA